AUGAUCGCCGGCCGUUUUCCCUGUAGUUGCGGGGAGGUGGCCGGGCGAUGGGUCAGGGCGAUCAGGACGCUAUCGGGGGAUGAGAACAACGCCCUCAGAGGUGUCCUGUCUGGUGCAACCCCUCCAGUUGUUGUGCCCUUCCAGCUGUCGGAAUCACAGGCCAGAGAGAAGUUUGAGCAAUGGCAGAAAAGCCACUGGUUUGCCCCAAGCAACCUGCUUGACCACCCUGCUGUGAAGUCAACGUCCACCUUCCUCCCAUUCUGGUGUUUUGAUGUAAAGGUCUCAGUUCGGUACUCUGCAAGUCCUGGAUUCAGCAGAACAGGGGAAGAUGGCAAAUACACCUGGAGUAGUCCAGUGUCGGACAGCCUGGAGGUCAAGGAAUUUCAUGGCUCAGUGCCAGAGAUGCAAGUGUUUGCAUCUUUCAAGUAUCGCCGAGAUCUGGCAGAGGCAGUGAAGACCACAGUCAGUGCAGGAGUAUGUAGGCCACUGACCAUUCCUGAAGCAGAGAUUCUCAGAGUCAGGGAUCGAUCGACUGGAACGAGCUGGCACCUUGACCCACCAGAUAUGCGUCAGGGCCUGGCAUGGGAGUUUGCUUUGAGGGCAAUCCAUAACCACCAGGGGCAAUGUGUUGAAGAAUAUGUAAAGGGCAAGACUGGUGCGGCAACAGUAAAGGUGGAAGAUUUGUCUGUGGAGGUCCUGCAACGUAGGGCAUAUAUUGUCUACAUGCCUGCCUUCCAUUUCAGCUACCAGUUCUCGGAAAUUCAGAACGUUGCUGGGGAGAUCAUCCCAGCGACCUGUCAAGUCAUGCUGAGUGGUCUUUCUGGGGGAGGUAUUUCAGGGGAGCGCCAUUUUUGUCCCAAGAAGGCUCAGUUGGCCACCACUGGGGUGGCAGGUGGCCUGGGCUUGACUGCCAUAACGUUAGGAGAUCCUGCUUGGCUGGGGCAAGCCAUGGUGGAGGCGUCAUUCUGGACAUUUAUGGCAGCAUCAACUGCAGGUGUGAUGGCUCGGUUUGGCUCCAAGGCUGGUCGCCGCCGCCAUGCUGCACAAAUGUCUGAGCUGGAAGAUGAAUUUCUCCUGUCCUUCAUGAGGACUAGAUCUUCAUCAGGGGCUGAGCGGCCUGCCAGUGAAUUCCAGGAUAGCCUUCGCUGCGAUGCUGAGUGGAGGCAGUGGGAGGAGUCUGGCAAGUGGGAAUGGAAUGCACUGAAGAAACGACGGUGGGCUGAGGAACUGUGGAGGGAGCAGCACAAGCGUAGAAUAGAUGGGAGAUUAUUGAUGGAGAAAUUGGAGGCUGAAAGGCUUAGGAGGGAGCAAGAUGAACGGCGUGAAUCCAGGCGCUUCGCCCGGUGGGGUAAGUCCCAUCACCGGCGUUUCUCCCAACACCGGCAUGCCUUGAAGUGGGGUGGCAGGGCUGACGCCCUGGGGUACUACAAGGUUCUGGGCUUGGACCAAUCAGCAGAGGUGACAACAGACCACGUGAAGGCUGCGUUCAAGGAGGCCGCUCUGCGCUGGCACCCAGACCGGCAUGUGCUGAACGGUGAAGAGCACCAAGGCGCGGCAGCAGGGAGGGAAAAGUUUCAGGCACUGCAAGAGGCAUACGAGGUGUUGAGAGAUCCAGAAAAGAGGCGAUUAUAUGAUAGGGGAGAGUUGCUGGGCUCUACGCUGUAA